UAAUGCUGGGUUAUGGAACAUUAUAUAGAAGGCGAAAAAAGCUCCUUGACAGCCCCUUUCAAAGAAAGAGACUCCCCCUCCUUUUUUAUUAUACAACAACAGCUCAUAUAUACACAUACGUCGUGAAGGCGUUUCCCUUUUUUCUUUCUUUCUUUCUUCUCUUUCUUUCUCUCUCUUUCUCUCCUUCCUCACAUAAAGUAAAUAAAUAAAACUCGCAAAACACAGAUUCGUCCAAAUGGUUGAUCAAGUAAACGGCGCGUCAUCUGGUAUCACAGUGGUGCGCAAGAAACUCCAAGGCUAUGUUGGCUUUGCCAACUUACCAAACCAAGUACACCGUAAAUCCGUCAAGAAAGGUUUCCAGUUCACUUGCAUGGUCGUUGGUGAAUCCGGACUGGGUAAAUCAACGUUGGUCAACACUCUGUUCAACACCCAACUGUAUCCACCAAAAGAAAACGUCGAGCUGACGCACGAAACGCCGCAGACAGUCGAAAUCCAAUCCAUCACUGCCGACAUUGAAGAGAACGGCGUCAAGUUGCGGCUGACAGUGGUGGAUUCGCCUGGCUUUGGCGAUUUUGUCAACAAUGAGGAGAGCUGGAAGCCGAUCCUGGACAAUAUCGAGUCGCGCUUUGAUGCGUACCUGGAGCAAGAGAACCGAGUGAACCGCCGUCGGAUGGUAGACAAUCGCAUCCACGCGUGUCUGUACUUUAUCAUGCCCACCGGCCACGCCUUGAAACCGCUCGACAUUGAAUUCAUGCGACGGCUUCACACGCGCGUCAACCUGAUCCCGGUGAUUGCCAAGGCCGAUACACUGACAGAAGAAGAAGUCAUGGCAUUCAAGCAGCGGAUCUUGGCCGAUAUCAACUAUCACAAGAUCCAGAUCUACCAGGCACCUGUCUAUGAGUACGACGACCAGGAAACGAUUGCAGAGAACCGCGAGAUCAUGUCCAAGAUCCCCUUUGCCGUUGUGGGCUCAGACAAGGAGUUUGAGGUCGAGGGCGGUCGUCGUGUGCGUGGCCGUAAGUAUCCGUGGGGUGUGAUUGAGGUCGACAAUGAAGACCACUGCGACUUUGUCAAGCUGCGACAAAUGUUGAUCCGCACGCACAUGGAGGAGCUCAAGGAGUACACCAACGACGUCUUGUACGAAAAUUACCGCACCGAGAAGCUCAAGGCCAUGGGCAUCCAGCAAGAUCCCUCGGUGUUCAAGGAGGUCAACCCCGUCCAAAAGAUGGAGGAGGAAAGACUUGCUCACGAACAGAAACUGGCAAAGAUGGAGGCCGAGAUGCGGUCGGUGUUCCAGGCCAAGGUCACGGAGAAGGAGUCCAAGUUGAAGCAGUCGGAAGAAGAACUCUAUGCUCGUCACAAGGAGAUGAAGGAGGCGCUCGAGAAGCAGCGCAUGGAUCUCGAAGAAAAGAGACGUCGUUUGGAAAGUGGACGACCCAUCACGCCAGAAAAGGUCAAGAAGAAAGGGUUUUCCUUUAACAAGUAAACAACAUCACCACCAUCCUUCUUACUUUUUAAAAAAAAUAACACACACACACACGCCCAACCAUCUUCUUUCUUUUUAAUUUAAUCACUCUGACUUUGGUCGUCUUCUUUCUUCUACACACACCCCUUUGCUCGCUCUUCCCUUAGUUUCUCCUUUUUUCUUGCUUCUUCUUUGCUUCUUCUUUCUUAAUACCUCUUUGACAAGAGCAAGUUUUAUUACUACUAUUUUUCCG